UAGUCACAUGUCUUUGUUUACACAUUGUCAUUUGAUUCUGUUCUUGGUUUUUUUUUAUUCCAGUCAUUAAAUAUUGAUAAUUAUGAAGAUCCUAGAAUUUUCUGCGGCCAUAGUUGUUUUUUUAACUUUUAUCUAUACAUUGCAAGCAGAAGUACAAGGCCAUAAUCUUGAAGAUUCUAGCUAUGGCUGUGUCUGUGCAAAUUACACUUGUGGCUGCUGUGCUCAUAUUGAAGCACCAAGAGUUGGGCUGAAUGACACUGGUUGUGUAAAUCUCACUUAUUUGCCUGAUCAGUAUGGAAUAUCUUUUACUAUUACGAUUGAUAAUCUCACUAUAUACAAUGAGACAAUAUCAGCAAGGAACCCUCCACCUGUUUGCUUUGGAGCACCCAUAUUAAAAGAAUAUGCAGAUUUAUGCCUGCACUUUUAUGAUCUAGAUGUUUCCAGAACAAAAAUGCAUGGCUGUGCAAAGUUGGAAGCAAGGUUGCAUCAUGUUGUAGUUGGAAGCUACGAGCUUGGAUGUUUCAACUUCGGCAAUUUGAGAUGGAAGGUUUAUCAUGCAAAUCUGAUACAGCAGAUAAGGAUGAAACAUAUGAAAAAUGUUUCAUAAUUUUCCUGUUCUCAUUUAAUAAUCAUGAAUGCAAUAAUUUCUAUUUUUUUACAUGACAAUCUAAGUCAUAAUUUUCACUUAAGUACCUGAUCUGUGAUAAAAUAUAAAUUCUCAGCAUUUCAUGAUUGAUUUUUAGGCACUACAAGCAUUAAUGUUUGUGAUUUUUUUUCCUUCAAAUAUGCAUUUAAUUAUUUUAGGAUGUUUUUAACUUGUGAUGUUCUUUUAAACAGUAUUUGAUAAUACUUAUUUUCAUUUAGAUAAACUAUUUUACACUUGUAGAAUUUUGCUGCAUUAACAUAGCAAUUUAAUACAUGUUAUAGCUUCUAAAAAUAUUGCAUAAUUUUUUAAAAAUUACAUAUUGUAAUUUUCCUGCCAAUUGAACCCUGAGUUAUGUGCCAUGACAAAUGAAACUGUAAACAUUCCACUUGAUUCAAUUUUUUGUAACCAAAGAUUUUACUUAACAAUAAAUAUUUUGAAAAUAAAAAAAGCUUUCUGUAUCAAA